AUGUCCAACAGGCAUAGGUGGAUUUCCAGUGGAUUUUUUGGAUUUAGUAAAGAGUUGUUUAGCAAUAUAUUUGACGGUGGAUUUGACAGUUCAAGAGUUAAAACGGGGUCUGGUGUCCAAUAUAUUGUUAUAGCAUCAGGAUUUCAUAUACAAACCACCUGUCCUUCUUGUAAUACAAAAAUAUCAUCCGGAAAUAGAUGUUCGACAUGUUCUGUUAUAGGUCAAGUAAAAGAAAAAAAACCUAUUACUAUUGAUAUUUCUGCUGACAAAGGUGAUGAUGCACCUUAUGGUGGUCAAGGAACGCUGGAGAUUUAUUUGCAAAAUCAAAUAUUAUUGUCAACAAAGAAAUAUUCUAUCGAGCAUUUAUAG